AUGUCGUUCAGAAUCGAUUUACAGCAACUUUUAGAUAUCGCUUUGGCGACUCCUGAUAUUGGCAAUGUCAACUUUAAUGUCUUACGGGCCUUUUUGCUCGAGGUUUUGAAGCAUCUUGGAAUACGGCGCAAAAUAAUCCUCGUUACGGAAGAAGAAGACCUCAGAGCGGCAUAUGAUUUGAUUCGUGAAGGCUUUGUCAUUCCGCAGGUUGGAACAAGCCAAAGUGAAUUGGAACUAAUAGAUGAACAUGUUAUGUUUGAAGAAACAGUUCCAAAACGAACAGUUACACCAGUACUACGACGAAGUGCCACACCCCAGGAAAUACUUGAAAGGGCUGAAUCUUCAAGACGAAGUAAAUCUGCCACCCCUAGGCUCAGCCAGGGAAAUAUACCCCCUUCGCAAAAGGAACCUUCUAUCGAACAAGCCAGGUUUUCACCGCAGAGAGAUACUGAAAAGAAAAGUGUUGCAAGCGAUGGUCUUCCACAGUCACCUAGGAAAGACAACAUCAGCGAGGAAUCUGACAAAAAGAGUGUUAGAAGCAACGGAUCCGCGUCGAGCAAGAAAUCCGUUCAUUCGCCUGCCGGAAUCUCUCUCACUGUUACUCCUGUAGGAUCGCCCACUCACAGCAUCGUGCCAGAUUAUGUGCCCUCCAGUAAGAUUUCUGUUGAGUCGACCCGCAGAUCCACUGAGGUGAUGCAACGAGGCGAGACAAUGAAGAGCCUGAUAAGAAAAGUAUUAGAACUUCAAGGUAGAGUGGAAACACUAGAAGCCAAUAAACUAGCCAACACGGUCAAAUCCACUGCAUCAUUCCUCAUCCACCACAGCGAUUCAAAGACACCAGCCAAGGACAUGACAGAAAUGAUUUCCUUCGAACAAAAGCUUCAGGGCUGUGAAACAACUACCCAGGGUCUGGCUGAAAUUGUCGACAUCCUCACAGCUGAUUUAUAUGAGCUCAGAGAGACAGUGAAAACGGAUGGUCAAAAAAUGGACAGCUUCCAAAGUUCAUUAGGAGAAGUUGAUACGAAAACCAAAGGUGAUAAAGAUGAUGUUCUGAAACUAAUGGAAGAGAUGAGGAACGAGCUGAGGCAGGCAGUAGAAGACGCCCAAUUUAAACCACCAACUCGAAAACUAUCCCUUGAUGUUUCUCACGUGGAAAGAGUCGUUGAUCGGAAACUGCAGCACGAGAUUAGUCAACUUGCUCAACAGUUUGCAUCCAAUGACAGGGAUUCGCCUAUCACCAUCAGCAACGAACCGCCAAAGGUACUUUACGAAGCGGUUGAUAAAAUUGACGAUCUUUUCGAGUUCCAGCAAUCAUUAGAAGAGCAAGUGAAGAACAUUUCUGAGGAAAUCGUCAGCCUUAAGGAUAACACCGCUUCUAAUGAACGCGUACAGACCAUUACGCAAGAACAAGAGGCGCUAAGAAAGAAAGUAGAAGAGUCUUAUCAAAAUGCAGAACGGGCUAUCUCAACAGCGAAGAGAUUGGAUCUAGAAAACAAAAACAUUCACUCAUCAAUCGAAGAGAAUAAACGCCAGAUUGUUCAGCUAAACAACAGUCUAAUGGAGAUGAAAAACGAAUAUGAGGAACUGUCUUCUACUUUGCAAGGGCAUAUGGCCGAGGAGCACAAGUCCGUGUCCAGAGCGCGCACAAGAAGUACUGAAGGAGAAGACAUUAGUCUAAUUCGUUGUAUGAUCAAUGAUCUAAGGGAGGAAAAAGACGAACUGAAAAAAUCCAAUCAAUUUCUCUUGCAAGAGCUUAAGAAGAAGCAAAAGUUGCUGAUUGAAUUACAGGAACAGCUUGAAAGGAUUCAGCUCGUCAAGGCAGAUAAAGACUACAUCACCAACGAGAUGAAAGGCAAGGCUGACAAGAGAGAGAUUAAUCUGAAAGUCGAGCGCGAUGACUUUGAUCGCUACAUUGGAAUGGUUGAUCAGUCACUUCGAGACCUGCUUCAAAGACUUGAGGGUCAUGAGAAUGUCCUGCGUGAAACGAUCGAUAGCAUCUCAAACAACGUUAACACCAAGCUUGACAGAGCAGAAGUCGAGCCUUUGAAGCAUUACCUCGAAGAAAGACUGAGAGCUCUUAAACCAAAACCCAUCGAAACGCGACCACCUACCGAAGAAUACGCCGCUGGAUUCCGAAAAGUACUCAUCAAGAAUUUCAACUGCAUCUCUUGUGAUCGUCCGGUGGAGUUUGCGCGCGAAAGUAUGUUCCCGCCCUUACCAUCAGCACAAGCUCUGCCCAACAAGAAAUCCAACAGACCUUACACCACCUUUGAAAUGGAUCAGAUUCGUCAACACAUGAUUCGAGGGGGGAUGGAAUUGGAGCAGGAACGCUUUGAAGUUCUCGAUAACCGACGAAGAAAACUGCAAAGCGAAAUUCUCAAGUUGAGUGGUGCCCCUAACAUUGAAGAUCUUGCCGAAGUGAUUGAAAGACCUUGCGGAGGAAGCCACACCCUAUCAUACCCGCACAGCCCCAACGUAGUGAGAGGGCUCAACCUCAACAGAGAAGAGUUUGUUUUCGAAACAAUCAAAACCAUGAAACCCCUGCAGACAGUUGACAUCUUGGGCCAAGAUGGGCACAUAUACAAAGGGCUUGUAGAGGAUAUGCCUGUUCUGCCCCAAAUAACUGCAACCUCAACGACCCCUAGUAAUGCAGCUCAAAGGGCCCUCAAAGAAGGGAACCCAAACAGAAGCACCCCAUGCAGAUGUUCUACUCCAUCUCCUGUGCCGUUUGAACAAGACGGAAUUGAUGAAGCUUCAAGUUCCUAA